AUGCAGAUUCAACAUCGCAACGUCAGACCCCAAGCUUCCAAUUGGACCUACGCUAACGCGGUCGGUGCGGUCACAGCUCCGUCUACGUCUCCUCCACCUGCUAUCGAGGACCAGAAUCAGCGCCUUUGGGAGGUUCAUCCUUUCUGCGGUCUGCUUCACACCCCGGAGUCCAACUGUGCUAUAUGCUCUAGCCUCAUUCUACACAUCCGCGAUGCCAAAAGGAUGGCUGAUGAAAAUUCCCUUGCGAAAGAGGAAGCAAAAAGUUUCGCUGACGCGUUGGCGGCCCUUCACCGACAGAACGAUGUGUCCUACUGGGAAGGGGUUGAGAGAGGAAGGCUCGAAGCACGGCGGGAAGAAGCCAAAAAGAUUUCACCACCACCACCAGAAUAUGACCGUGAGGAAGCGCAUUCAGAGGUCCGUGAAGGACAGCAGCAGAAGCAGACGCAGCUCAGUACCAACGAGAAAGCGUCCCUGCAUUGCAACAACGCCAAAAAGGAACCUCCGGCGCCAUCCAGUCGAGGACAAUCGGUGGUACGCGUCGCGGUCAAACUUCCUAAUCGUCCUCAGGUCAAGUCUCAGAGUGACCGGAAGGACCGUGUCCCCCAGGACUAUUACUCGAUGUUCAGGUCCCCAAGCGUUGAGACCUACCUCAGACAAACGAUGGACAAAGCCCAGGCUGGUGAUGUCUUUGCUCUCAACCACAUCAGAGCUCUCGCGAGAGAAGCCCACUCAACCCCGCGUGACAACAAAUCCUUCGGCCAAAGAUUCGUUCUCACUGAGUGGCGCAAUCCUGCGUCGGACGACACCCGCCGUACCACAAAUCAAUCGGAAGGAUCGGCCCUCCCUAAUCCUCGCCUCGACGAUCCUAUCGAGGACUGGUUCACGUACUACUGCGUUCAUGGCUCUUCCCUUCCCCGGGGCGUCCGUCGGGAUGUAAACGGCAAUCCAUAUCUCCCAGACCUCAAAGCAUCCAGGAUGUACGCCCUGCUUCGACCUGCUUCCUUGGCCACUCCUACAUCGGCGAAGACAGAAUUCACGGUCCAUUCUAUGGAGUUAAUCGUCACCGAGUCCCUCUACGAAUCGAUAUUAUCCAGGCUCUCGAUUCCUGUCGCGAGCGAGCUACACCUUCGUGCUUACGACGGGCCUGUGAAAAUAACGGUUGAAGAGGUGGCGAGACACUUUGCCCGUUGUGGGUUGAGUGUUGAGAUGGUAAACAGGGAUUUGGUUUCCUGGGCCAAAGAGUACCAAUCGCCCAAGUGA